UUUCUCUGUUAUUUUACCUCCGUUAAGCGUCGAAUAAAUCGCGUUACAAAAUUAUUACCAUUAACGAGGCUUUACUCCACUUCCGGCAGUAAAACCCCACCCCCAUUUCGCCGGACGUUAUGUUACUUCCGGUAGGAUGGCGGCGUUCGGGAGCCUGAGCUAUUUUGGCUCCUCUUCUCUAACUGGUUGGCCACUCCUGUACUACAUUUAAACUGCAGAGUUCCAGGGGGCCGCAUGAGCCCAGGACUAAGAGACAGGUGAAACUUUUUUUUCUAGCAGACCCCACAUUUGAGUUGAGUACAUUAUCAUUAUUUCUACAAGUUCAGAACUUUAAGUGAGCUAGAGGAAAACAUGAAGAGUAGGGUGGCACAAAUAAAUCAUGGCUCCAGUUAUGAAAGAAGAGAAAGCUCUCACCGGAGAAGUUCCUCUCCAGAAGACAGGAGAGAGCGUGAGAGGUCUUGGUCUCCGAGAGACAGAGGUUACUCUGACCAUAAGUAUGAUGAACAACAUUCAGGAAAGGGGCGUGAUGACAAAACGAUGGAAAUCAGAGGGUUGGGGAGAGAGACUCCCCAAGAGAAGGAAGGAGAGAGAGAAUAUGAUCGAAGGAAACAGAAAAAAUUCCCUUCACCAAAUAGAAAAAGUCCAGAAAGAUCAGUGCAGCAAAGCUCAUUUAUUCAUGAUGAACCUCCUUCAAAGAAGAGAAAAGAAGAGCUAGAUCCUAUCCUCACCCGCACAGGCGGUGCUUAUAUUCCUCCAGCAAAGCUCCGGAUGAUGCAGGAACAGAUUACCGAUAAAAAUAGCUUAGCAUAUCAAAGGAUGAGUUGGGAAGCCCUGAAGAAGUCAAUCAAUGGUCUUGUCAAUAAGGUGAACGUUUCUAAUAUAGAAAAUAUCAUCCAUGAACUACUUCAAGAAAAUAUUGUAAGAGGAAGGGGAUUGCUGUCUAGAUCAAUUUUGCAAGCACAAAGUGCCUCUCCAAUCUUUACACACGUUUAUGCAGCAGUUGUAUCAAUUAUCAAUUCAAAGUUUCCAAAUAUUGGAGAACUGAUUCUCAAGAGGCUAAUUCUAAAUUUUCGCAAAGGAUAUCGCAGAAAUGAUAAGCAACUUUGUCUGACAGCUUCAAAGUUUGUUGCACAUCUAAUCAAUCAGAAUGUGGCUCACGAAGUUUUAUGUUUGGAAAUGCUCACGUUGCUUCUUGAAAGACCAACAGAUGAUAGUAUUGAAGUAGCAAUUGGAUUUCUAAAGGAAUGUGGGCUCAAAUUAACAGAAGUUUCUCCUAGAGGUAUUAAUGCAAUCUUUGACCGACUUCGCCAUGUUCUUCACGAAUCUAAAAUUGAUAUGCGUGUUCAGUACAUGAUAGAAGUUAUGUUUGCUGUACGUAAGGAUGGAUUCAAGGAUCACCCAGUCAUUCCUGAGGGACUAGACUUAGUGGAAGAAGAAGAUCAGUUUACUCAUAUGCUACCUUUAGAAGAUGAUUAUAACCCAGAAGACGUUCUUAAUGUUUUCAAGAUGGAUCCUAACUUCAUGGAAAAUGAAGAGAAGUACAAAACUCUUAAGAAGGAAAUUCUUGAUGAAGGUGAUAGUGAUUCAGGAACAGAUCAAGAUGCUGGAAGUAGUGAAGAGGAUGAAGAAGAGGAUGAAGAGGAUGAAGAAGGACAAAAAGUGACGAUCCAUGACAAAACUGAAAUUAACUUGGUCUCCUUUCGUCGUACGAUUUAUCUUGCUAUUCAGUCAAGCUUAGACUUUGAAGAAUGUGCUCACAAAUUGCUGAAGAUGGACUUUCCUGACAGUCAAACUAAAGAGCUUUGCAACAUGAUCCUUGACUGUUGUGCUCAACAAAGAACAUACGAGAAAUUCUUUGGUUUACUGGCAGGGCGUUUCUGCAUGUUAAAAAAAGAAUACAUGGAAUCUUUUGAAGCUAUUUUCAAAGAACAGUAUGAUACCAUCCACCGUUUAGAAACAAACAAAUUGAGAAAUGUAGCCAAGAUGUUUGCUCAUCUUCUGUACACCGAUUCACUUCCCUGGAGUGUCCUUGAAUGUAUAGUAUUGAGUGAAGAAACUACUACAUCAUCCAGUAGAAUUUUUGUCAAAAUAUUCUUCCAAGAACUUAGUGAAUACAUGGGUCUGCCUAAUCUUAAUGCAAGAUUAAAGGAUGAAACAUUGCAACCUUUCUUUGAAGGAUUAUUACCUCGGGACAACCCAAGAAACACUCGAUUUGCUAUCAAUUUUUUCACUUCCAUUGGUCUUGGAGGACUAACGGAUGAAUUACGGGAGCAUCUGAAAAAUGCUCCAAAGAUGAUCAUGACACAAAAACAAGAUGUUGAGUCAUCAGAUAGCUCAUCUUCCUCAGAGUCUGAUUCCUAUUCUGAUUCUGACAGCAGCAAUGAUAGCUCAGGAUCAACUGGUAGCAGUGACUCCUCUUCUAGCAGUGGCCAUAGCAGUGACUCAGAUGCUGCUAGAGUAAAAAGGAAGAAGAUGCAAAAGAAAAAUAAAGCACUAGAUAAAGUUGCCAGGAAAAAACAAAGGAGUAAAAAGAAGCUACUUGAAAAGAAAACAGAAAGGAGACGACAACAGGAAGAGAGACACGAAGUUGAGAGAAAGUCAGAAAGAAAUGCUGACGUAAAUUUGAGAGAUUUAAAUAGGAGGGAUGAUGUAUCUAAAUAUCCCCAUGAGAAAGAUGAUGCAACUGACAGGAACAGUUAUCGGAGUGGAAAGGAUAGGUAUUAUGAAAGAAAUAUGGACUUAGAAAAUAAACACAGUAAUUCCAAAAAGAAAGCAGAGAGAAGAACUUCUUUCUCUGAUAAUGAAAAAGAUAAACACUGGACUAAGGACAAUGUACAUCACAGUAGGAGAAAAGAAAGGUCAAAAUCUAGAGAAAGAAACCGUCAUAAUUCAAGUCCCAGAGAGGAAGAGGAGCAGGAGAAUCGAUAUCGGAAUGGUGCAGAGAAAUGCCCAGAGAAAUAUAGCCGAUAUUCUGACCAAUCUAGAGAAUCCAGGAAAAAUGAGGACAGACGAAGGGAGAAUUCUCCACACAGGCGAAAAUAAUACUAUCCUACUGAGUCUGAAAUAAAUGUUUUUCUGUGCAGCAAAAACUGUAUUUUUAAACCUGUUACUGAACUUUCUUUUAAAAAAGUUUUUGUACAAAGUGCAGUUUGUAUUUGUAAAGUUCAUUGGAUUACUUAGUUUUUAGUGCCACAUCUUUUAUAAUCACUGUAUUUGAAGAACCCAUUUGUUAAAUUUCUUCUUUGGAAGAGCAUUUUCAUUGGAGAGAGAGAAAGUGAAGCUUGCUUAUAUUUUGUGAAUAAAAUAGAUUUUCAUUUCA